CACAAAACCACAACAGUCAGUGUCCAAAUAUUUUUAAGUUCUAUUGAAACUGAAGCAUUCUCUUCAUGAAGGCGAGAUUUCCACAUUAUUUUAUUUAUUGUGUGAUCCCUGAUGUUUCAGCUGGCUCUAUGAAUGUUUAAGCAGUAUAUAACACAUACCAGUGUUUCAAUACCUGUAAGACAUUUUUCCUCUCCGAGUCUGCCUCUGAUGUUUUUGUAAGUCAUAAAGAAUAGCAUCCACUAUUAUAACCGAGAAAGUGUUAAACCAGCAGUUUAUCAGGGAUUUUUAGGCAUUAACUAGGCAUUAACAGCUUCAUUUUACAGACAGACUAUUUGUAAAAAUUUCAAAAUCUUUCUAUCCACUUACAGAACGCCACACAAAAACCAAAACAAAAUAACACAAAAAAAAACCCAACGAAAAAAAAAGCGUAACACUGGCAAGUUCCAAACACUUUUCAACAGUAUAUAUAUUCCUCUGAAGGUGUCUUCCUUUCCCGAAACAAGAAAAUAUGUUGAAAUACCGCAUCCUUGAUAGUUAAAGAUAUGGUUAAGAGAGCCGAAUCUUUAUCCAUAUUCAAAGCUCAGCCAUGAAAUUGUGUUACUUCCUUGUCUUUGAAAUCAAUUUACGACAAAAAUACUCUAGCUGCUCGCUCGGUUUCUGUCCUAAUCUGAAGAAAACCCCCCAAAGAGUAAGCCUGAGGUACGGGGGAGACUUUUUAUCUACGCGUUUUAUUUUAAUUUAGAAGGAAAAACAAAAGUUUGCCGUUCCCGGGGUCUCUCUGGCUUCACAACGCGGGGUUAAAAACAGCUUUUCUCUGCCAUCUGCGCUCCAAACAGCAAGAAACUUGCCCGAAUGAAAGUCCACCGUCUUCUCUUCACUCUCCGAAGAAAGCGGGGUGAUUUUACGGCGCUCGUUUUACGAAAAAUAUGAAUUUAUAACUCCGAAGAAACACAGACUCGGAGGAGGAAAAGCUCUUCCUGGCUAACAGUUAGGCGGGCUCUGCAAAGCACCAAUCACAGAUCACCGCUUCGCUAUAAAUUCAGGCAUCGGGGUUACCGGAGCCCAAUUACUUUCUUUUCAUUAGGAAGAAGUCUCUGCAGCGAUGUCGGAGACCGCUCCCGCCGCCGCUCCCGCUGUGGCCGCCCCCGCCGCCAAGGCCGCCGCCAAGAAGCCGAAGAAGGCGGCGAGCGGCUCCAAAGGCCGCAAGCCCGCGGGGCCCAGCGUCACCGAGCUCAUCACCAAGGCCGUGUCCGCCUCCAAGGAGCGCAAGGGGCUCUCCCUCGCCGCGCUCAAGAAGGCGCUGGCCGCCGGCGGCUACGAUGUGGAGAAGAACAACAGCCGCAUCAAGCUGGGGCUCAAGAGCCUCGUCAGCAAGGGCACCCUGGUGCAGACCAAGGGCACCGGCGCCUCCGGCUCUUUUCGCCUC